AUGGCCGACGUCGCUGAUGACGAAUCCCUGUCCUCGUCGCCGCCGCCUUUUCCUUCUCCAUCGAGACAGCCGGUGGUGAUCCGAUCUGUUUGGGCCGACAAUCUGGAGUUGGAGUUUGCUCUGAUCCGCACUGUCGUCGAGGAUUACCCGCUGAUUUCGAUGGACACCGAGUUCCCCGGCGUGGUGAUGCGGCCGCCAGGUGUGGAGCAGAGUUACCGGCUCCAGGAUCCGACGGCGCGGUACGCGAGCCUUAAGGCCAACGUUGACAUGCUGAAACUGAUCCAGGUAGGGCUUACGAUCGCUGAUCGGGAGGGCAAUCUGCCGGAUCUCGGCACCGGGACUACUUUCUUCAUUUGGGAAUUCAAUUUCAAGGAUUUUGACGUGACCCGCGACUCGCACGCUCAUGACUCCGUCGAUCUCUUGAGAAGGCAAGGGAUCGACUUCGAGAAGAACACCAAGGACGGUAUCGAGGCAGUGAAAUUCGCCGAGGUGAUGAUUUCUUCGGGCCUCGUGUUAAAUGAUUCAGUUAGUUGGGUGACUUUUCACAGCGCUUAUGAUUUCGGUUACUUGGUCAAGUGUUUGACCCAGCGCCCAUUGCCGGAUAGGUUAACCGAGUUUCUGGACAUAGUGAGGAUGUUCUUUGGCGAUAGGGUUUAUGACAUCAAACAUCUGAUGAGGUUUGUGGCGAAUUUGUUUGGAGGUCUGGACAGGACAUGUAAGACUUUGGGCGUGGAAAGGGUUACUGGUAAGAGUCACCAAGCUGGCUCGGAUAGUUUGGCCACGCUCCACGCAUUUCAGAAAAUGAGGGAGAAGCACUUCAACAAUAGGGAGGAUGGAGAUGUGGAGAAGUACGCCAAUGUCUUAUAUGGGUUAGAGCUGUUACCGUCAUAA